GCCGCGCGUUCGCCCGAGCUGUUCAUUCAGUUCGAGACACUUCUGCUAGAUAAUAGUAUCGCGCGCGUUACAGGCGUUGCAGCACACGCGAUCGAGUUUUUCCGCGUUUACCGACAACAAAAAGAGGCCCCGGUAGCGACGACAGAGCGGCAAGGAGGAGCCCGCCGUCGUCGUCAUCUCGCCCUCAUGGCAGACCAUGAAGUCGUCCAAGCGAAAAGCAGCUGGAUUUGGGGAUGGUUUAGUUGGUCUGGAUCGUCUUCGACUAUGCUACGUGCUGCGGAGAAGAAGAUUCUGUCGUGCUUGAAAACGGCAUAUCGCGGAUGGUUCGUCGAUAUUGGACCGGUUGUGGGACCGGCAGAUAAAAUAUGGACCAUUUCAUUGAACGAAGAAUCGCCGAAAGUCCCAAUCGUUUUACUACAUGGCUUAGGAGCUGGAGUAGCAUUAUGGUGCUUGAAUUUGGAUGCACUUGCAUCCCAAAGACCAGUAUACGCCAUAGAUAUAUUAGGAUUUGGCAGAAGUAGCAGACCUGUUUUUAGUAAUGAAGCGCAAAAAGCUGAGGAGCAGCUAGUAAGUUCUGUGGAGGAAUGGAGAAGAGAAAUGCAGCUGGAGAAUUUUGUAUUGUUGGGUCACUCAAUGGGUGGCUUUCUUGCGGCAUCUUAUGCUAUGCAAUAUCCUGAAAGAGUGAAACAUCUUAUACUGGCUGAUCCAUGGGGCUUUCCUGAGAAGCCAUCCGAUACUAUGAAAACACAUAUACCAUUUUGGGUUAAAGCCAUAGCGUUUGCAGUACAGCCUUUGAAUCCUCUAUGGGCAGUUAGAGUUGCUGGACCAUUUGGACAGUGGCUCAUUGAAAAAACAAGACCUGAUAUUGUAAAGAAGUUUACUCCCCUACUGAAGGACGACACUGCUAUAAUUUCGCAAUAUAUACAUCAAUGCAACGCACAGACCCCUUCAGGUGAGAGCGCGUUUCAUGCAAUGAUGCAUGGUUUCGGAUGGGCAAAAAAUCCAAUUGUUAAACGAAUGGAUAAGCUAAACGAUAAUAUACCUAUAACGUUACUUUAUGGGAGUAGAUCAUGGGUUGAUAAUUCAGCUGGUGAAACAAUUAAACAGUACCGGUCUUCAUCGUACGUUAAUGUUCAGGUAAUUACUGGAGCUGGUCAUCACGUAUAUGCAGAUAAAAGUGAAACCUUCAACAAAUAUGUAUCGGAAGCAUGUGCCUUAAGUGACUCGAUAUCUCAUUUAACAUCGUCAAAUGUACGUCCUUAUAAACCUAUAAGCGAUCAAGAGAUAGAUGUAAAUUUACCCAAAGAAGCACUUGAAGAACAAAGAUCAGAAGAAAAAAAUCUGAAUACAGAAUCAAAAAUUUAAUUAAAGUGUGGAAUAUUCUCGUUAAAAAGGACAUUCCAGUUCUAUUAGCUGGUGCAAAGAAAUAUAUAUAGUAAGCACAUAUUGUGAUGUAAGAAUGUCGCGAGAUACGUUUGACAUACGAAUGUAUACAUGUGUUGUAUGACACAUGAGCUUUACAUAAUUUAUAAAUAUAAUAACGUAAAGAAGAGCAUGUAAAUUGACAGACAUUGGUUACGUGUUAAUCGAUUGACUGUAGAUAUUAAAAGAUAUCGCGAAAUCAUUAAUAUAAUGCUUUAUUUUCAAUUUUGAAAAUUAUGACAAUGUAUUACUGCAAAUGCGCGGAAACUAGAGGAGUAGUGAGAUCUUGCCGUAAGUAAGAUUUAUAUUAUUUUUAUUUGUGUCGAUUAGAUGUGCAAUUGGUUAAAUAUAUUAUAUAGCACGUUAUAAGAUUUACACGAGUCAAAAGAGAUCAAAAGUACGAGGUAAUGGAAGUUGUACAUUAUGUACAGUCUUUACUAACACAGGCCAUAGUAGCAUCUAGUGAACAGUGAGCAUUCUUGUUAUUAAUUGUGUUAUCUUACAGCUGUAGAAAGAUUUUAUGUAUAUUGUACAAUACGAUUUAUUAU